AUGUAUUCUCGAGUGUUUGUGAACUCACAAAUACCGCGAGACUCAGCUUGCAGGCAAGGCCGCACCCCCUCUUUCACUCUGGCGCCGUUUGAGAUCUACCACACUACUUACUUUAUUCAGAGAUGUCUUCCUUGUUCGUCCGAGUUCCCUUCGCCCUCCGGCGUCGGACGUCGUCACUGGAUCCAGACGGUGGAGGACUUCACCUCUGUGGGUGCCACCACUCGAGGAAGGAGAAGGAUGCCUAAGCCCCUAGCAGCCAAGAGGCCUGCUCUGGGGUACGACAUAUACUGCAGCGGGCAGGACUGGUCCUGGACCGGUGAUCGAGGAUUCAGUCCGCAUGGCCCUGCAGCCCUCCGCAUCCGUGUGGCCCGGCACCAGACCUCUCCUUCCCUCCGAGCGGGACAGGAUGUCUUGCCGAGGCUGGAUAGAUAUUAG